AUGUCUCUGAGAGUCCAGAUCAAACUGUGUGACGAGUCUGACGAGUGUGACGAGUCUGACGAGUCUGACGAGUCUGACGAGUCUGACGAGUGUGACGAGUCUGACGAGUGUGACGAGUCUGACGAGUCUGACGAGUCUGACGAGUGUGACGAGUUUGACGAGUCUGACGAGUCUGACGAGUGUGACGAGUCUGACGAGUCUGACGAGUGUGACGAGUCUGACGAGUCUGACGAGUGUGACGAGUGUGACGAGUCUGACGAGUGUGACGAGUGUGACGAGUGUGACGAGUGUGACGAGUGUGACAAGUGUGACGAGUCUGACGAGUCUGACGAGUCUGACGAGUCUGACGAGUCUGACGAGUGUGACGAGUGUGACGAGUCUGACGAGUGUGACGAGUCUGACGAGUCUGACGAGUCUGACGAGUCUGACGAGUGUGACGAGUCUGACGAGUGUGACGAGUCUGACGAGACUGACGAGACUGACGAGUCUGACGAGUCUGACGAGUCUGACGAGUGUGACGAGUCUGACGAGUGUGACGAGUGUGACGAGUCUGACGAGUCUGACGAGUCUGACGAGUGUGACGAGUCUGACGAGUGUGACGAGUGUGACGAGUCUGACGAGUGUGACGAGUCUGACGAGUCUGACGAGUGUGACGAGUCUGACGAGUCUGACGAGUGUGACGAGUCUGACGAGUCUGACGAGUGUGACGAGUCUGACGAGUCUGACGAGUCUGACGAGUCUGACGAGUGUGACGAGUCUGACGAGUGUGACGAGUGUGACGAGUCUGACGAGUCUGACGAGUGUGACGAGUCUGACGAGUGUGACGAGUGUGACGAGUGUGACGAGUCUGACGAGUGUGACGAGUGUGACGAGACUGACGAGUCUGACGAGUCUGACGAGUCUGACGAGUGUGACGACGAGUGUGACGAGUGUGACGAGUGUGACGAGUGUGACGAGUGUGACGAGUGUGACGAGAGUCUGACGAGUUGUGACGAGUGUGACGAGUCUGACGAGUGUGACGAGUGUGACGAGUGUGACGAGUCUGACGAGUCUGACGAGUGUGACGAGUGUGACGAGUGUGACGAGACUGACGAGUCUGACGAGUGUGACGAGUCUGACGAGUGUGACGAGUCUGACGAGUGUGACGAGUGUGACGAGUGUGACGAGUGUGACGAGUGUGACGAGUGUGACGAGUCUUACGAGUGUGACGAGUGUGACGAGUCUGACGAGUGUGACGAGUGUGACGAGUGUGACGAGUGUGACGAGUGUGACGAGUCUGACGAGUGUGACGAGUGUGACGAGUGUGACGAGUCUGACGAGUCUGACGAGUGUGACGAGUCUGACGAGUGUGACGAGUGUGACGAGUCUGACGAGUGUGACGAGUCUGACGAGUGUGACGAGUCUGACGAGUGUGACGAGUCUGACGAGUGUGACGAGUCUGACGAGUCUGACGAGUGUGACGAGUCUGACGAGUCUGACGAGUCUGACGAGUCUGACGAGUGUGACGAGUCUGACGAGUGUGACGAGUCUGACGAGUCUGACGAGUGUGACGAGUGUGACGAGUGUGACGAGUGUGACGAGUGUGACGAGUCUGACGAGUCUGACGAGUGUGACGAGUGUGACGAGUCUGACGAGUGUGACGAGUGUGACGAGUGUGACGAGUCUGACGAGUCUGACGAGUCUGACGAGUCUGACGAGUGUGACGAGUGUGACGAGUGUGACGAGUCUGACGAGUGUGACGAGUCUGACGAGUGUGACGAGUGUGACGAGACUGACGAGUCUGACGAGUCUGACGAGUGUGACGAGUGUGACGAGUCUGACGAGUGUGACGAGUGUGACGAGUGUGACGAGUCUGACGAGUGUGACGAGUGUGACGAGUGUGACGAGUCUGACGAGUCUGACGAGUGUGACGAGUGUGACGAGUGUGACGAGUCUGACGAGUGUGACGAGUGUGACGAGUCUGACGAGUGUGACGAGUCUGACGAGUCUGACGAGUCUGACGAGUGUGACGAGUCUGACGAGUGUGACGAGUGUGACGAGUCUGACGAGUGUGACGAGUGUGACGAGUGUGACGAGUGUGACGAGUCUGACGAGUGUGACGAGUCUGACGAGUCUGACGAGUGUGACGAGUCUGACGAGUCUGACGAGUGUGACGAGUCUGACGAGUGUGACGAGUGUGACGAGUGUGACGAGUGUGACGAGUGUGACGAGUGUGACGAGUGUGACGAGUGUGACGAGUGUGACGAGUCUGACGAGUGUGACGAGUCUGACGAGUCUGACGAGUGUGACGAGUCUGACGAGUGUGACGAGUGUGACGAGUGUGACGAGUGUGACGAGUCUGACGAGUCUGACGAGUCUGACGAGUCUGACGAGUCUGACGAGUGUGACGAGUCUGACGAGUGUGACGAGUCUGACGAGUCUGACGAGUCUGACGAGUGUGACGAGUGUGACGAGUGUGACGAGUCUGACGAGUGUGACGAGUGUGACGAGUGUGACGAGUCUGACGAGUCUGACGAGUCUGACGAGUGUGACGAGUCUGACGAGUCUGACGAGUCUGACGAGUCUGACGAGUGUGACGAGUGUGACGAGUGUGACGAGUCUGACGAGUCUGACGAGUGUGACGAGUGUGACGAGUCUGACGAGUGUGACGAGUCUGACGAGACUGACGAGUGUGACGAGUGUGACGAGUCUGACGAGUGUGACGAGUCUGACGAGACUGACGAGUGUGACGAGUCUGACGAGACUGACGAGUACCCUGUGGGACCAGACCCUGUGGGACCAGACCCUGUGGGUCCAGACCCUGUGGGACCAGACCCUGUGGGACCAGACCCUGUGGGACCAGACCCUGCUGGACCAGACCCUGGGGUCCUCUCUGAUGCAGGAGGGGAUGCACCCAUGGGCUCGGUCUGUAUUGACCGCCUGAGCGACCGCCUGAGCGACCGCCUGAGCGACCGCCUGAGCGACCGCCUGAGCGACCGCCUUAUUGACCGCCUGAGCGACCGCCUUAUUGACCGCCUGAGCGACCGCCUGAGCGACCGCCUUAUCGACGACCGCCUUAUUGACCGCCUUAUCGACCGCCUUAUCGACCGCCUUAUCGACCGCCUUAUCGACCGCCUUAUCGACCGCCUUAUCGACCGCCUUAUCGACCGCCUUAUCGACCGCCUUAUCGACCGCCUUAUCGACCGCCUUAUCAACCGCCUUAUCGACCGCCUUAUCAACCGCCUUAUCGACCGCCUUGGCGACCGCCUUAUUGACCGCCUUAUCGACCGCCUUGGCGACCGCCUUAUCGACCGCCUUAUCGACCGCCUUAUCGACCGCCUUAUCGACCGCCUUAUCAACCGCCUUAUCGACCGCCUUGGCGACCGCCUUAUCGACCGCCUUAUCGACCGCCUUAUCAACCGCCUUAUCGACCGCCUUGGCGACCGCCUUAUUGACCGCCUUGGCGACCGCCUUAUCGACCGCCUUAUCGACCGCCUUAUCGACCGCCUUAUCAACCGCCUUAUCGACCGCCUUGGCGACCGCCUUAUUGACCGCCUUAUCGACCGCCUUGGCGACCGCCUUGGCGACCGCCUUAUCGACCGCCUUAUCGACCGCCUUAUCGACCGCCUUAUCGACCGCCUUAUCGACCGCCUUAUCGACCGCCUUAUCGACCGCCUUAUCAACCGCCUUAUCGACCGCCUUGGCGACCGCCUUAUUGACCGCCUUAUCGACCGCCUUGGCGACCGCCUUAUUGACCGCCUUAUCGACUGCCUUGGCAACCGCCUUAUUGACCGCCUUAGCAACACGUGUGCUCCUGUUAUGGCACAAAGGUAA